AAAAAGAAAUCAAUAUAAAAAGAGAGACAUAAAUAUGAAGGGAGUUUGGUUUAGUUUCGUCCACUCUUCUUCUUUCCCUUGAGUUCCCUUUCAUCACCGACAAAGAAAGGGUACAACUGCACUGCAAAUGUCAUCAAUUUUACCUUCUCUAUCUCUCUUAUUAACUUCCAUUCACUUCCUCUCCAUUCAUACUUCUCAAUCUCUCUCUCUUUCUCUUUCUAUUUCUUUUGAGCUGCAAAUUUUGAGAACAGUACUUUUACAGCAAUAUUCUCUUCUACCUUAAAUUCAGUGUGUGACUGUGUGUGUUGUUGUUAGGAGUUGAAUAUUACUUAUAAAAUAAAUGUGGUCAGAAUGAAUGAAUAUAUAUAUCUAUACAUAUAGUGAUAGAUUAAAUAUAGUAAGCAUCUUAGGAAGACAAAAGGAAGAUCAUCAUGGUACAGUCGAGGAAAUUCAGAGGUGUCAGGCAACGCCAGUGGGGAUCUUGGGUCUCUGAAAUUCGGCAUCCUUUAUUGAAGAAGAGGAUAUGGCUAGGGACAUUUGAGACAGCAGAAGAAGCAGCAAAAGCUUAUGAUCAAGCAGCCAUUCUCAUGAAUGGCCAAAAUGCCAAAACAAAUUUCCCAGUCUUGACCAAGGAAAACAGCAAUGAUAAUAAUAAUCAACAACCAAAAAAUUCACCCAUUAAUCUCUUAUUAUCAUCAUCUUCUUCUUCUUCUUCUUCUCCAAUGUCAGAAAUUCUGAAUGCAAAGCUGAAAAAAUGCUGCAAAGAUCCAGCACCAUCCCUCACUUGCCUGAGGCUGGACAACUCCCAAAUCGGAGUGUGGCAAAAGCGAACCGGCCGGGCCGGGAAUUCGGGUUCCAGUUGGGUCAUGAAAGUUGACAUUCCUUCCACCAAGAACAGCAACACCAAGAAGAAAUUAAGUGAUCAUCAUCAUCAAGAAACCUUACUAACUUCAUCAUCUUCUUCCUCUUCUACUUCAAACUCUUCAAGCACUAGUCUUUCAUCAGGAUCAGGCGCGGGAAUGCCUGAAUUUGAUCAAUUUGGAGGAAUAACUGUGGAUGAAGAGAACAAAGUGGCAAUGCAAAUGGUUGAAGAGCUACUCAACUGGAAUUGCAGCCCAGCAGUACUACCAUCUGAUCAUCAUAACCCAUCAUCAUCAUCAUGGAAUAAAUUAGAUGUAUAAUUAAUUAAUCAAUGGGUGUUUAUCAAAAAUUUAAAUCCAUAUAUAUUGUGUUGUUGCUUGUUCUUAGUGUUUUUCUUAUAGCUUUGAAACAUAGAGAUUGCUUCCCUAAACUUGAGGUAGCAUCUUUGACUAUAGGACAUCACCAUGUAGUAAGAAUUAGACCUCAAAAGCUAAUUAAAACUUUGUUGUGUUUUUAUCAUGUUUUCUUCUUCUGAUGUAAUUAAAUAGCACCAAUUAUAUACACUCUCUCAAAUU